AUCGGUCAAACUAAUAAAUCAUUAAACCAAUAAUGAAAGCAGUCACCAAACAAAACCCAGUAAUGAAAGCGGGUUGAUGACGGUAGAACCUUGAAAGAAUUCAAGUAAAUUAGUUUGAAAAUCCCAAAAUACCCUAACAACUACACGAAAUCCGUGAUCUUCCCCACAGCUCUCUCAAACACCGUAACAGCAGCCACUUCCUUCACACUGCGGCUGUGCUUCUCUCUCGCCGCCGAUUAGUCCCUGUCGCCGCCGCUCACUGUCCGACACCGGCCCUGUUGCCGCCGCUGACAGCCUCCGCAUACUCCUUCCCUCGUCGGUGGCUGAGUUGCUUGCUGCUGACCUGCUUUUGCUCACUCCUUCCCUCCGCCGCAAACACCGCUUCUUCCUCGUGAUCCAGGUAGAAGAGUGAAAGAGAAAAGGAUCAGAGUCAUUUGUACAAAAUGCUUCAGCACCAAAUUGUGCAAUCCCCUGCUAGGCUAGGCCUCACAAACCCGAAUUCACCAUCCAUUCCGAAUCCUACUCCCCCAAAGCUCCCUCCCUCACAGAGCCAUCAUCACCAGCCCCACCUAGACCGCCACGCAGCUGGCCCUUCUGCAGCUCUGCUCUCUCUUCUCCCACCUCUCCCUCGAGCACAAGCACUUCUUCAACAAAUGGCUUCCUUAACUUCUAAGCUCUUUGAAGUUUCACCCAACAGGUCGCUUUGGGUCACUGCAUUCCGAGGAUCCAUCCCCACCUUCCUUUCUACCCAAGGCCAAGCUCAUUCAUCGACCCCACAUGAUUCUUCUCCUUCCACAACCAAAGAAGUUAUUUCACAAUUCACUAUUCUUCAAACUCAGAUCUUUGAAGCUGUCGCUGAACUCCAAGAGAUUCUUGAUCUGCAAGAUGCUAAGCAGAAGAUUGAUCGGGAAAUUCGCUCAAAAGAUUCAGCACUUCUUGCAUUUGCCAACAAACUCAAAGAUGCUGAGCGGUGUCUCGACAUUCUUGUUGAUGAUUACUCUGAUUAUCGCCGCAGCACCAAGAGGUUGAAAUCGGGAGAUGACAGUGAAGAUGAUUCUUUGACAUCCUCAACUGUCUCAUCCCAGCUGAAGCUAUCAGAUAUAUUAUCAUAUGCUCACCGGAUAAGUUAUACAACCUUUGCGCCACCAGAAUUUGGAGCUGGGCAAGCCCCUUUGCGUGGUGCACUGCCACCUGCGCCACAAGAGGAGCAAAUGAGAGCUUCACAGUUAUAUAACUUUGCUGACCUUGAUGUUGGAUUGCCUAAAGUUGUUGAAACGAAAGAGAAAACAAUUGAGGCCAUUAUUGAGCCUCCACCUCCACAGCAAGUGGAUGCCAAUUUGUCUGCAAUUCAAGGGUUGCUUCCACCAAAUUUUACAGUUCCGCCUGGCUGGAAGCCUGGAAUGCCUGUGCAAUUGCCUAUUGAUCUUCCACUUCCCCCACCUGGGUGGAAACCUGGGGAUCCUGUGCCAUUGCCACCCAUGGACUCACUUCCUGCACCAAGGUUUGAGCAGCAACAAGUACCCCAUCACAUCCCUCAGCCUAAGCAACCUGAAGUCAUUCAAGUGCAGCAUGUUAAUUUGGAUCUUGACGGUAGUGAUAGUAGCGAUUACAGCAGUGAUGAAGCCAGCUCUGAUGAUGAAGAUUGAGAAAAUGAUGAAGCUCAUUAGCUCAAACUGACAAUUGUAUAGGUUUGUGCACAAUCUUGAUGAGGAUUGAGGAACUUUCUGUUACAUGACAUGCCAAUCAUCUCUAUUACUGGAACAGUGGUUGGAUAGAGGAUAAAUUGCCUUGCCUUACAUUACAUUCCAACAGUGGCGAGCCUUGAUAGAGGAUGUUUUCUAACUCAACAAUAUUUCGUCCCUCUCAGUCUUCAUGUUAAUUUACUGUAGAAAUCAAUCCAUUAUCUAACCUAUUUGUGUAACUGCUUCUGUGUAUUUUGUGCCCUAGACCGUUAGAACAUUGCUUAAUUUCUGAAUGGAACAUGUAGCGCACUAAAUUUUUUGGGUGCUUAUGUUCACAGCUUAUAAGGAAACAUCAUUAUAGAUAAGUUACUAGUUGGUUAGAUCUUGAAACUUAAAAGUCUAUACCUUAUUGUUUUUUUUUUCUUUUAAUGUAUAUAAUUAUUUUCUUGUUGGACGACUAUCCAAAAAUGUCAAAAAUGAUUCAUCAAAAGAUUAGUAAAAUAGUGGAGAGUUUGGUAACAUCAACUACUAUAUAUUUUCCAAGAAACACCACCAUUGAGAAAGGAGAAAAAAACAUCAAUGGCCUAAAAUGUGAAAGAAAUUAGUAACACUUGAGUGUGUGUUACUAGGGGAAGGAAAAGACUUUGGAGGAUUAAAUUAGUGGACUCUGUAAUUGGAAAACAAAGAAGACGACUUGCAACUCCAGAAACUGUUGCAGCAGAGAAAAUAGAGAAAAGAAAGCUUUUCAGAACGAAAAGAGAAAAAGACAGAUGUAUUGAGCUAUUGGAGUAUUACAACACUACACUUGCAAUAACUGAGACACAACCAUAUAAAGCUCAGCGACUCUGACUUAGUCUCUCAACAAGAUUAAUCAAGACAGACUUUAGCAAAACAGAAAAGUAGUUGCAGUGUAGUUAGUUAACUACUUUCUUUUUUAAGUUCUUGAUCCUUGAACUUUGACUCGCUAUCUUUAAUACUCUGUUUAGGAGUUUUACUAUUUAGAGAGUGAUGGUUUUGGAAAUUUUUGCUCUUGGAAUUCUUUAUUUUCAACUUAUUUUAAUCGAGUGAAGUGACAAAUAAACUCCUGAGAAUUUAUAUUUCGGACAGAUUAACCCCUAAAAGAAAAGAGUACCAAUAAAGUCUUACAGGAUAACAGAUGUAGACACACUGCCUUCAAAUUAGCCUCUAUAAUUGGGGCAAAAGAUGAAUUGGU